AUUAAAAAAAUAAUAAUAUAAAUAGCCUUUUAAAGGUGAAGAAUGUGAGCUAGGGAGAGUUGGACAGGCUCUCCUUUCGCGUGCUACACAGGCGCCGCUAAGAGAGAGACGACGACGAAGAAGACAAACUUACGAAGGAACAUGUUCUACAGAGGUAAAUUUGCUGAUGGUGGUGAUGGCCGCGAAAUGGGUUCAAAGCGUCAGCGGCUAAGUGAGCCAGGAUCUUCAUUCUAUGGGACCUCCCCCGGCUCAAGUUAUAUGUACAAUCCAACUCCUUAUGCAUAUGUUGGACAACCUCCGCCUUUCCCUGUUGUCAAGCUUCGUGGUCUACCAUUUGAUUGCACAGAAGUUGAUGUUGCUGAGUUCUUCCAUGGUCUUGACAUUGUUGAUGUUCUUUUUGUCCACAAGAAUGGCAAGUUCACUGGGGAAGCUUUUUGUGUUUUGGGGUAUCCUCUCCAGGUUGAUUUUGCCCUACAAAAGAAUAGGCAGAACAUGGGCAGGAGAUAUGUUGAAGUGUUCAGAAGUAAGAGGCAGGAAUAUUACAAGGCAAUAGCUCAAGAAGUAUCUGAUUCUCGUGGAGGUUCCCCUCGCAGAAAUGCCCCAAGGGCCAAAUCUUAUGAUGAAGGGAAGGACUCAGCGGAGCAUACCGGGGUAUUGCGGUUGAGGGGAUUGCCAUUUUCAGCUGGGAAGGAUGACAUAAUGGAUUUCUUUAAGGACUAUGUGUUGUCAGAAUCCUCAAUUCAUUUCACAAUGAAUUCAGAAGGGAGGCCGACCGGGGAAGGUUUUGUGGAGUUUGCAAGUGCAGAAGACUCCAAGGCAGCGAUGGCCAAGGAUAGGAUGACGCUUGGAAGUCGAUACAUAGAGUUGUUCCCCUCCACGCAUGAUGAGUUGGAUGAAGCAAUAUCCAGAGGACGGUGAUUCCUUGUAACUUGGCCAUCAAUUUGGUUGUCUGUUGUCUCGCGUUCUGUAUCUGCUACGUGACACAUGUUUUGCAUUUGGAUGUUGCUGAAAUUGUUGUAAGGCAUUCGUGGGCAACUUGUCGGAAUUACGCUGAGCUGAGACAGGGGUUCUCUCUUACGAGAGAUUUUUCAAUGUGGCGGGGA